AUGUCCAACACUCCAGGUCAGAUCACGGAGUCUCCUAACCACACAGACCUGGAUCCUUCCACCUUUUUUCUUCUGGGCAUCCCUGGUCUGGAGCAGUUCCACAUGUGGCUGUCAAUCCCUGUGUGUUGCCUGGGCACAGCCACACUUGUAGGCAACAUCACCAUCCUGGUUGUGGUUGCCACAGAGCCAGCCCUGCACAAGCCGGUGUAUUUGUUCCUGUGUAUGCUGUCCACCAUUGACCUGGCUGCCUCCUUCUCUACAGCGCCCAAGCUGCUGGCCAUCCUCUGGUGUGGAGCUGGGCGCAUCUCUGCCUCUGCCUGCCUGGCACAGAUGUUCUUCAUUCAUGCCUUCUGCAUGAUGGAGUCCACGGUGCUGCUGGCCAUGGCUUUUGACCGCUACGUGGCCAUCUGCCACCCACUGCGCUACUCUGCCAUCCUCACGGGCACCACCAUUGCCCGCAUUGGAGUGGCAGCUAUGGUGCGAGGCUCUCUGCUCAUGCUGCCAUGCCCCUUCCUGAUCAGGCGUUUGAGUUUCUGCCACAGCCAUGUGAUCCCACACACAUACUGUGAGCACAUGGCCGUGGUAAAGCUGGCCUGCGGAGACACCAGGCCGAACCGUGGGUACGGGUUGACGGUAGCGCUCCUGGUCAUCGGGGCUGACUUGUUCUGCAUCAGUCUGUCUUAUGCCCUCAUUGCACAAGCUGUUCUUCGCCUCUCAUCACAAGAAGCUCGAUCCAAGGCCCUAGGGACCUGUGGCUCUCAUGUCUGCGUCAUCCUCAUCUCUUACACACCAGCACUCUUCUCCUUUUUCACACACCGCUUUGGCCACCAUGUCCCUGUCCACAUUCAUAUUCUUUUGGCAAAUGUCUAUCUGCUCUUCCCACCGGCUCUAAACCCUGUGGUGUAUGGAGUUAAGACUAAGGAGAUCCGGGAGAGGGUCACUAAGGUACUUCAAAAGAGACAAUGGACUGGGUUCAAGACAUCUAAGUAA